AUGGAGAAGGGAAGGGAGUUUAGCGGAGAGGCGCGUGAGGGGGUGAGAGUCUCGCUGUCCAUGCUGCUGGUCCAGCUGUUCCAGACGGGGAUGGCCGUCCUGUCGAAGCUCGCCCUUGAUCAGGGCAUGCGCGUCUUUCCCUUCCUUGUCUAUCGCAACGCCAUCGGUGCACUCUGCGUCGCCUGUUUCGCCGUCGUGCUCGAAAGGUAGGAAGUAACAUGAGGAGAAGAAAGGCCAGAAAAUAUCUCUCUUCUCUCUCUCUCUCUCUCUCUCUCUCUCUCUCUCUCUCUCUCUCUCUCUCUCUCUCUCUCUCUCUCUCUCUCUCUCUCUCUCUCUCUCUCUCUCGCUUGCUUGCUCGCUCGCUCGCUGUCGAACACUCACAUGUGCGGGUGUCUUUCUUCUCUACUAUUUCGUGCAGGAAACAGGUGCGGAAGCUAUGCUGGAGGGGAUCCAUGUGGAUAUUCAUGAACGCAUUCUUCGGGUAUUGCGGAAACUCACCAUUUCAUCAUCCAAACUAUCUUCUCGAUCUACGUCUCCCCCACCAUCUACCCAUCAAUCACGUGGCAGAACUCACCGUUAGUCAUCAAGAGUUCAUCUUCCUCGGAUAUCUUUCCAUCAAAAAGGUCACCGCGAAAAUAUUUGCCUCGGCUUUAUUCUAUGGCUUUCCACUUCACAGCUCAUUUGCUUAAAGGACGAAUUAACAUCGCCCCCCUUUUCUAAAAGAAAGGGCUCUGGUCCUAGAUAAGACGGCGGAAGCCAAAGGUGGAAGCUCCCAUGGCGUCUCCACCUCUCCCUUCCUUCUACUCACCAAAACGGGAGACUCAUAUGGAAGGUGGAGGAUGAAGAGGGGCCGUCCAAGUAGAGACCCCUCAAGCCUUUAUUUGUGGAUGGCACUGUUUCCACCCUCUCCCACACAAAUCAGCUUGGUUAACGCUGGAAUUGAUGCCUACGCUUUUCCUCCCUUUAACCUCCUGCACCCUUUCGUUUAAGGGGCAUCAUUGGAUAGAGGUGGGGCAGCGGGCAUUUCUAUUUUUUUCUCUAUAGAAAGACCGAGAUGAGAAACUAUCAUGUUCAUGUAUUAUUGAAUCCCUUUUAGUAGACUGAUAGUGAGAAUAGAAUAUUUUGGUAAAACUUUGGUCAUUGAAACCACAGAAAGUUUUCAUCACUUCAAGAAUAUUUAGUAGACUGCCACUAUUUCUGUCGAAGGAGAGAGAAGGGAAAACCUAGUGAAUUACAUUUGACGAGAGAGCUAUCAUUAUCUUCCAUUGUCAUGCUUGUGUUCAUCAAACUCCGAGUCACUUGUGAUUUUUCACGCAGUCUCACCUCUGGAAUGAGCUUGUACUACUAUGGUCUGCGAGACACCACGGCGGCCUACUCUUCAAUCUUUCUCAACUUGGUCCCCAUCGCUACCUUUAUCUUCUCUCUCAUUUUGAGGUAAGACUGACAACGAUUACAAAUUUCCGAUAAAGAUAUACAGAGGGAACGAGACAGAGACAGACAGAAAAAGACAGGGAGAGACAGAGACGGAGAUAGAGAGAGAAGGGGGGGGAGAAAGAUAGAGAGAGAGAGAGAGAGAGAGAGAGAGAGAGAGAGAGAGAACCCUAUUACUAGCUCCCUUCUUUUUAAAAUAGUUAUUGCCCUAUCGAUACAAGUGAGGUAGUUUACGGCACUCUAACUAGAUAUGAUCUUGAAGCACUUCGCGUUUCUAACCUGGGCUACUCUUCUAAACGCUGUAGAACAGAAAAGCUAGGAUUGGGGAGACCAGCAGGGAUUGUGAAGGUUCUUGGGACACUUAUUUGUGUGGGAGGGGCGAUGAUCAUCAGCCUGUACAAGGGGAAAGCGGUCCAUGUGUGGCCAUUUCACCUCGACAUUUCUCACAGCGCAGCAGGGAGACCAAGUCUCCAUGAUUUCCCCCAAGGAACGUUCUUUUUGGCGGCCAGCUGCGUAUGCUAUGCUUGCUGGUUCAUCCUUCAGGUGAGCAAAUGGAUCAUUUCCACUAUUUCCUUCGCGACACUUCCACCUGUCCAGGGGACUAUGCGUUGUUGUUGUUUGUUUUACUUAGUAUUUUCCUUUUUGGGGAUUUUAUAUGUAGAUCUAUAGAGAGUAGUCUUCCACCGUCGUAGUGAUAGACAUAGAAUCCGUGAGGAAACCUUGCUCGUGGAUUCUUUAACUAGGCCUUUCUGUACUUAAUUAUGUCGAUAACUAAGCGUCUUAAUACUCGAUUAUUCGCCCAGAUGAAUUUUACAUGAAGUGUCUGGCCCACUGAUGAGAAAUCAACAUUGAUCAUCACUACAAUCACUGCAGAUUAAUUUUAGCUAAUCUUGCCGCUGUCGCUUGAUCUCUUGGAACUGAGCCCCGGAAUGUAAUUUUUUGUCUCAAUAAUUUACUCAGAUGACGUUCAUAACCAAUGAAUAACUGCGGAUCACUAAGAGGGUCGAUGAUAGUUGUCGCUUUUGAUAAUGUCCUCUAUGGUUUACGCAGGUUAAGCUGGUCAAAGCGUUCCCGAGCAUAUUUUGGGGGACGGCCUUGACAUGCGUAGCAGGAUGCUUACAAUCAUUCGUAAUAGGUGCUUUUGUGAACAGGAAGAGAUCGGAAUGGGUAGUGAGAACAAGACUUCAGCUAGCUACCGUUAUUUAUUCGGUAAGAUCCAGUUCACUCUCGAAAUUUGAUCCGACUUCCAUUGAGGAUCUAAGCUAUGGGUAAAAAAACAUAUUGUUUACAAGAUCAUAUAUUCUCAGAUUUAUAUUAAUGAAUUUGUUAAGAUACAAUUCAUUUUUACCAUAUUAUUGAUUAAAAUGGCUGAAAAAUAACAUUUUUAUGGGUAGAAAAUUUGUACAAAUUGCACAUUAUUUGAGCUAAAGUAGUAUUUAUAACUUCCCUAUAAUUAUACAGAUUCUCAAGAUCUUGUUUUAUGUUACUAUUUAAUGAACUUAAAUUACGGAUUCUUUUAAGGACAAACUAGUUUUUAUACAUAUUCGUUCGCUUUGGAGCUACUUUUAUGAUUUGAAUAAAAAUAUUAAAUGAGCUGGGUUUUAUCUAAGUAUUAGUUUUUCCAUCUGAUGUACUUAAAUAAUUUAUGAUUUGAACUCUUCAGUAAAUCAUUUUUGUGCCCCGAAAUCAUACAUGUUUGGAGUCGCAUUAAUGGCCUCAAUUACAGAAUAAGUAUUUUAGUAUCCUAAGAACUCGCCUUGGUUUUUAUUUUAGUCUUCAUAUCAUUCUAUCCAAUUAAAAAAAUAAGAUUUAAACUAACAGUUAGGUAUUGAGCUGAUGAAGUUAGCACGUUGUUACAUUUCUUGUCGAUUUUCAGUGAUUUAGACACUCAAACACGCCAAGAAGAAUGAAUAAUAAUAACAGUAAUAAUACUAAGAUGAGUUAAUUGGUGUUUGGAGAAAAACCCUAAGAGGAUGGUUAAUUUCUUCCUACAGGGUUUGCUGAAUGUUGCGGCAACGUUCAUGCUGGUGACGUGGGCAGUCUCCAAGCGAGGCCCCACAUUUCCUCCCAUGUUUACUCCUCUCUCGCUCAUCUUCGUCACCAUUGUGGAGUCCCUCUUCAUGGGCCUCGAGAUCACCAUCGGAAGGUCAGUAUCACCUCCUCGCCUCCCUCCCAGAGUAUUCUAAAGUGAUUGAAUUUCAAUUUCCCCCCGGAUUUUGUGAUCGAUGAGCCCAUCGACAAAGCUUGAUCUAUAGAUAAGACGAUCGGACAUCUGAGGACGCCAAAGGCCAGCCCCAAGCCCCAUCGUCUUCUACGAGCCUGGGAUCCACUCAGACCUCAAACAAACCCUAGAAGAAUGGUCAGCCCAAGCCUGGCAUAUGUGUUGACUAAUCCUAGGUUAGAGUGAGAGAGAGAGAGAGAGCUGAAUUGGCAUGUACCCACGUAAAGCUCAGGCCCAGCCUGGCAUUUGUAUCGACCAAUCCUAGGUUAGCGAGAGAGAGAGAGAAAGAGGAAGAAAGGUCAGCCCCAACCGUGCCAUCUUUACUGCCCAUUCCUCAAAGAGAGAUAGAAGGGAGAAAGAGGGGGAGGGAUGGACUGUUGUCAUGAGAUUUAGACGUCCUACCUAAACUCACAGAAAGGUCAGCCCCGGUCCGUCCAUCAAUUUGCAAAAAUCAUAGGUUGACAGAGAGGAGAGAUGUGCUUCACUGAGGGAGUUGGAACUUUCCAAUUAGACUCCCAAAGUCAAGAUCCAACCAAAAGAAUCAUCCACUUGCCCUCGUGUCGUCUUCCUCGCUGAUAAGUCAACGCAACAUAUCGUUUUCUUUCGCAAGUAGGUUAGACACUAAAUCAGUAAAAUCAUCGAAGCCUGUCUUUAACUGAUGUUGAGGCAAAACCUAAAACGAUUUCCUGAAUGGUCGCAGCAUAUUGGGGAUGCUUCUGAUUAUAGCCGGCAUCUACGCGUUCCUGUGGGGGAAGGCGAAGGAGACGGCGGAGUUGCCGCGGCUGCCGCCAUCCCACGGCGUCGGAGCCGCCAGCGCCGGCUUGGUGCCGGCGGCCAUCCCCGAUCCUCCACUCAAACCCAGAGAUCUGCCGAUCAGAGGGCCGUAA